GACACCCACAACAACAACAACAACAACAACAUCAUCGAAAGGAAGAGGAAGCAGCAGAAGAUGCUCAAGUGGGCUGUGAACCAGCCGCGCCCCUCCUACCUGGCCGAGCAGCCUGGCGAGUCUGGGCCAGACCCAGACCCAGGCUAUCAGGUCAACAGCAGCUACAGCGACUUCCAGGCGGCAGCUCCAAUGGCAUUGGCCACGCCCAUGCGCACAGCCGCCCCCCCGAUGCAGCGGCUCAAACUGAAGCGGCAAUCGCUGCUGCUGCCGGGCCUCCACCUGGGCAAGGAGAAUCAAUUGACUUCGACGCCGCUGCCCGCCGCAGUCGCUGCACGUACUCCUCUGCUGCGGGAUCUGAGCAACAUGAUGUCACCUCUCCACACGCCCUCAACCAUGACAAUGCCCAUGACCAUGACCAUGACCAUGACCACGGCCAAGGCGAAGGCCGCUGUGUAUGCCUCCACGCUGCCCACCUUCGAGGCGGAGUACUCGCCCAGCUACAGGGUCGACCAGAGUGGGGAGAACAACAACAACAACAACAACAACGUCAUCAUUCCAGGAGCGCUGCUGGCACUGCGCGGCAUGGGCAUCCCGGACAGCUACUUCGAGAAGCCGCGCUACCUGGAACAGAAGCCACUUCCUGCUCCUGCUCCUGCUCCUCCUGCUCCUGCUAUUCCCAAUGGGGAGCAGACGACGCUCAGCUCGAGCCAAAUGGGCGAUGUCACCUUGGAGCGCAUGAUCGAUGCCAUACUCGAAAGCACGCGCAAGCCGCCAGCUCGUGUCCGUGCCCGUUCCCAUUCCCAUUCCCGUCUGCGCCAACGUCCACGUCAGAGGCCGCAGCCUCAGCAGCGUCUCAUCUCGACAGCUGGGACAGCCGAGGCGAGCCACUCGCCCACCUAUCGACCCGCCUUCGAUCCGGCCAGCGAUCUGUGCGAGUACUGGCAGCCACCUGUGCAUCCGGAUGCCUACGAGGAGCGCGAGGUCUGCUCCCCACAGCCGCUCUUCCAGUCCGGAUCUGGAGCGGACCUGGACCUGGACCUGGACCUGGGGCAGGGCAAGCGGCGUUCGCUGCAGCUGCGCAGGCAGCGCGUGGUGCGGCGCAAGCGCCAGAUCGCGACGAAGAUCUCGUCGAGCGUGCGCCAAUCGGCGCAGAAGCUCCUGGCGGCCGCCUCGCGCUCCGCCCACAAGCUGCCACACUCCCGCGCCCCCUCCCAAUCCCGCGCCAAGCAGCGGCACAUCAGCCCCGACAGCGGACACAACUCCACCAGCGACUGUGAGCUGGAGGAGGAGCGGGCGCUGGGCGGGCCACAGCUGGAGGCCUGCUGCCAGCUGGACGGCAUUUGGCUGCAGUCGGAGGCGCGGGACGCGACCAAGCGGCGUCUCAGCUUCUCGCUGAACGAGCAAAGCUGA